GCGUUUACAGUUGAUGUAAUAUUUUCUUGGUGUUUGUAAUUCUGUCUUCAAACACUUUGGCUUUAUAUAGGUUCAAUAUCGAUGGCACGCGGGGGCUUAGAGCAAGGGAGCUUACGUGCAUGUGCUCGCGCGUGUUUGGUGUCGGGCCUUUGUACUCAACAAGGGAAUUGCUCAUUUGGUCGGUAAUCGGAGGAAAUUUGAGUUAAAUGAAAACAAACACUGAAAUAUUGAGGUAUUUCUUGACUUUUUUUGAACCUUAAAUGUCAGGGUUCACGCGACUGUCUUAAGCAUAGUGUCGUUAAUGCCCUGCUAAAGAGUCUCUGGGCAACAUAUAGGCCGAGGCAGGUGCAGAAAAGAGAACUAUUUCCUGUUUUUCUUCACUGUGCUUUUCUUGACAUUUAUCAUUAUCAUCAUAAUUAUUAUUUUUUUCACAAUUAUUAAUAUUAUUAACAUAGUCAUUAUUAGAUUACAUCCAAAUAACUAUUUCAAGGCCAUUCUGAUUGUAAUUUGGAGAUAGACUCCUAUAUUUGAACGUAAAGCUGUGCGUAAAUUGGCUGCGCGGUAAAGUCACCUCCCUGGAUUGAAGUCAGGUUUUAAGUGGAAAAGAGGUUGAAGGUCCAUGUUUGUUGCGAUUCAUUACAUUAAAUAGAAUCAGGGAGGGAUCCUGAGUAUCACCCCCCUCCUCCUCCCUCUCCUCACACACGUACACUCACAUUCACACACACACAAACACACACAUCCCUCUUUCCUUUUUUUCCUCUUACUACCAGCCGCUCUUUGUUUAUGUUGUAAUGUACAUAUAUUUUUUGGUGAAGGUAUUAUAAUAGGCGCUCUUCGUGCUGAUUGGGCGCUCAGGUUGGUGAGUGAACGCCCUGCAGAUUAUGUCAGAUUGCGUGCAGAAACCAAACCAGCCCAGCCUUUGAACUUCACCGCUUUUGGCUCGUAUUCACGCUCUUCCGCUCAUUUCCAAGCCAGGUGCUUGACGACAAACCUCAGAGAGAGAGAGAGAGAGAAGAGUGUGUCGCAGAAAAAAUCACACUUUUACGACUCCUGCAAACUGACUGCGGAACAUUGCUUUCACCUUUGAGGAUUUUUUUUACGUGUGUGCAUCUUCCAUGUGUUUUUUUUCCUGUAUUGCUCUCCGCAGGUCUGAAAGAGAGUUGUUACUGGACUUGAACGAACGCGCAUCAGUGUUUUAACUCGGGAGAAAGCAAAUCAACCGCUGGAUUUUUAUUUUAUUCUGUCUUAUUUUUACUCUUUUCCUGACUCAGAACAUCCCAGACGUGGCAUGACUGGUAUCUGGCAUCUGGACAGGUGAAUAGUUUCCCUUCCUUCCUUCUGGUAAGAACUUUUCCUCGUCAUUAACAUUGAGGAUAAAAGCGCACUUUUUUAAAGAUGUCAAAGCCUGCUGAUCAUAUCAAGAGACCCAUGAACGCGUUCAUGGUCUGGUCCCGGGGCCAGAGGAGGAAAAUGGCACAGGAGAAUCCUAAAAUGCACAACUCGGAGAUCAGCAAAAGACUGGGUGCCGAGUGGAAGCUGCUCUCCGAGUCCGAGAAGAGACCUUACAUCGACGAGGCCAAGAGGCUGCGGGCUCAGCACAUGAAGGAGCACCCCGACUACAAGUACAGACCCCGGCGCAAACCCAAAAACCUGCUCAAGAAGGACAGGUACGUUUUCCCUCUGCCUUACCUCGGAGACACUGACCACCUGAAGGGACUCCCUGUGUCAGCAGCGGACUCUCUUUUGGGCCCCUCGGAUAAAGCACGCGCAUUUCUGCCGCCGACGUCUGCUCCGUACUCCUUCCUCGACCCGAGCCAGUUCAGCUCCAGCGCCAUCCAGAAGAUGACAGAGAUGCCCCACACGUUGAGCACCAGCACUUUGCCGUACGCGUCCUCCUUGGGAUACCAGAACGGCGCGUUCGGCACCCUUGGGUGUCCCAGUCAGCAUACCCACACCCACCCGUCGCCCACAAACCCCGGCUAUGUGGUCCCGUGUAACUGCACAGCUUGGUCAGCGUCCAGUUUACAGCCCCCGGUGGCCUACAUACUUUUUCCAGGUAUGACCAAGACUGGGAUAGACCCAUACUCAUCCGCACACGCCACUGCCAUGUAACCCUCAAGACUCUUGUCUUUUUUUCUAAUUCACUUGAAUACUGAAAUGCAUGUAAAUAUAACACGGACAGCGCGCCCGGUUUAAAAGGCAUGAACAGUAUUACCUGCCUUGGACUUGUUAUGGCAAAAAAAAAGAGGAAAAAAGAAAACUUUUGCAGAAAUCCAACAAGUUCCUGAGCUGAGCAGCAGGAACUGGAUUUAAAGGACGGUGCCCUGUGAACUGUAAGAAAUGUAAAUGUUAUAUGGCAGCCAGAAAAGGAGGCCUUUAACUUUAUUUAUUGUGUACAUUUCAAUGCCAAUAUGCUGAUUUGUGUUGAUUAUCGAUAGGGUACUCUUUUAUUUUGAAAAUUUGGCUUGCACAAUGCGCAUCUUCUUUCCUGUAUAGGCCUGAGUAGUCUACAUUUUGGCACUCGUAAUUUUAUUCUGCUGGUCAAAAUCAGGACCUUUAGGCUGGAUUAUAUACGGGUCAUAUUGUUUAUAUUUAUCAAAAACUGGCACAUACAACAAGACGGUCUAUUUAAGAGGACGACAAGAAGAAGAAAAAAAAUUCUUUUACAUCCAAAUGUUUUUGUUUGCAUUUUCCUGUGGUUCAGUGCUGAUAUACUCACACACGUCUUUACUUUUGUAUUUUGUUUUUUUAAGGAUAACUUCUAUUUGAAUCCCAGAAGUUCAUAUGUGUAUUAUCAUCAUCUGAGAUGAUAAUUUAAAAACCUGUCAUGUUAUGGAAAGGAUAAUGUAUUUAGAAGGUUGAUACCUCCUGCUCUUUGUUCACAAGCUGAGCAAAGGCAUUUCGAAUAAAGACAAUCUGUCUUCAACGCUACACAUUUGCUGUAUUUGGAGGUUAUUGGGUACUGCAGAUGGCAAAGAAAGAAACAGAAUUAUGGGAACUUCAGUCUUGUGUAAUAAAAUGGUAAAUUAAAUAUAUUUUGAGAGUUAAAAUUGGGGCAUUAGUCACAAAAUAAUCAAUUUAAAUAACGCGUGAAUUUUUGGAACAAAAAUGGGCAUUUGUACGCGCAAAUGUGAGACCUCACUUGACCCUUUACUGAUCAAUAUAAUUGAUAGGCUAUGGACUAAACAUUCAAAAACUCGCCUUGUAGUAAAACAAUAAUCCCCUUCCUCUUGAUCGACCCUUUUCUCUGGCGUGUGCUUGUUUAAGCUGUCAAACUCCUCCACUCUGAUCAUUUCUCUAACGAGGCUUAAUUACCUCCGCGUUUGGCUGCUUUUUUUCUUCUUCUUCAAUAGUUUGAAACAGGUUUGAGACAUGUUCCGCGGUGCAGUGCAGAAGUGUGAAGGUGUUUUUGUGACUCUGGGAUGAACCGGUUGUGAUCUUUUGAUGUUUGACAGUUCAGGAGAGGAGAGGCCUCCCUGGAGGGAUUCCGCCCGUCCGACUUGUCUGACUGCUUAAUCACUUCAAGGAGGGAGCCAUCCUCUUAAUUAUAGGUUUAACUAAUGGAGCAACUUGAAUGUGAGCCGAUAUUUUUUCUCUCCUUUAACUCAUAGGCUGGUUGGGGAGCUGCACACCACAAGCUACUGUGCGGUUUAGAUAUCUCUGCUUGUGUGUGUGUUUACUUUUUUUUAAAACAAAUGUGGAGCUGCAGCCAAAACCCCGCCAAACGCCUCUUAUCGCCAACUCAUUCACACAUGUUCAAACCUGUGUAAACUUGUGAAUGAUGGGCCUGACUCCCAUUAAGAUAAUACUGAAUGGAAACAGCGCACAAGCCAAAUUAUUAAACAAACGUUUACAGAUUUUAAUACGAAUUCGGCGCGUUUUCUCCAUCCUCUCUGCUAAUAGAGAUCAGGAUUUACGCAAAACGGUGCAGCCUACACAUAUACCCUCAUCCUGCACGAGUGUAGUAUUAAUUAAAAAUUUCAUUCCACAUCCAAAUUGUUUACUUAUCUGCCAGGAACAUAUGCUGAGAGAAGUUAAGAUUCACGAUUCUGCACUAUUGCCCAAGGUGCAAUUUCAAUCCUGGGGAGGAAAGAUGGGAAGGGGAGGGAGGGAGAGAAGGAGGGGGAGAUUUUUAUGACAGACUUAGUCCUUAUCUGGAGCUGUAAAUUAGGGUGAUACUUCAUUGAACCGAAUGUUAAGUUUUACACCAAACCCCUUAAGCGUCCUUAUUCAACUUUGAAAUGAGACAAUUAUAAUUACUUCCAGGAGGAACAGCAGACGUGGAUUUUAUUUUUGCACGAUUAAAAACGAAAGUAGAACCCUCCUUUUGUAUAAAUACUGCUGUACCCAUCCCGGUUUUUCUUUCUUUAUAUUUCAUUAAAGCUGUUUCAAGUUUUGCCGGCUGCUCUCACACCACCUGUAAUUAUCCAACUUAGUCACGGAAAUUGAGUGUGGUUUCACCGCCCUGAAAUAAAUAACCUCAACGAUAAACGGCAUCUGAGAGGUAUAAUGGGAGGGAAAUUAUGAUUUGAAAUUAUAGCAGGGGGUGUGGGUUUAAAUCUCUCUUUCCCCCUUGACGUUUUUAUUGGAGCACAACAGAGAGAAUUCAAUCUGCCUUAUCUCUCCAGGACUCCUUUUACGCGCCAGAUCAGAGAAAAAGGAGAGGAUAAUUGUUCUUUAUUUUAUUUAAUUUAACGCGACAGCCUGCGCUUUCAGGUCAUUUAUAUGCUUCAUUUGGUGAUAAAAGUCAACGAGGAGGGAGACACCGAGCUAAAGAGGCGCUUUUACUUCUCCCUGCACAACACUCAGAGUCCAAAAAAAUGUAAAACAGAUGAAACAAAAAAUAGCGCAAAGAGGGGGAGGGGGGACAAUGCAUUUUUAAUUAAAAAGCCAUGGGUCAUUUACAUUAUUGUCUUUUAAUGUUACCCUGAAAUCAUCUGCAGUAAAUGGAGUUUGAUAAGUGGCUGUUGAGAAUGUGGUUUUGUAUCAAGGCGUGCUAAUUUCCCAAAUCAAAAGGAAAAUGUCCCCUCGAGGAGAGGAGGAGGAAGAAAAAAUACUACUGAUGAAGAUGACUGUCAUUGUUGCUUCUUUAGAGGAAAAAAAGAACAAUUUUAUGCUUCAAAAUAAGCUCGCUUAUCAAAGAUGCAUCCAUUUUACGCACACCACAACGCGAUAUUUGACAAAAAAAAUACACAGAGAAAUUAUUUUUAGGAGGGAUAAAAACUGAUCUCAUUUCAGCAUAUUAAAUAUUGUCUCCGAAAGACCUCCAAAAAUCAUCACUGGCUAAAUCCUGCUCUAUCUAAAAUUGAAUCUGGGAUAGCAGUCUGACGGGAGGAAAAGUAAAACCGUACAGUUGUGUUGUUUGAAGACGCGGGGGCUUGAAUUUGGGGGUCCCUGAAUUCUCAUUUGAAAGAAAUGAAAUAGUGAACGAGCUGAUAAAGAAGAAAGGGAACGGAUGAGCUGAGAGAAAAGGAAUCACGCCACGGCUGUUUAAUGUGCUGCGCCAGACGGAAAAGUGAUUUACACCAAGACUUUAUUCUCCUCCGACACAGAGAGAGGAAGAAAACAGUGUGUGUGUGUGUGUGUGUGUGUGUGUGUGUGUGUGUGUGUGUGUGUGUGUGUGUGUGUGUGUGUGUGUGUGUGUGUGUGUGUUUCUCUAUGUGUGUGUGUGCUUAUUUUAUUUAUUCAUCACCUACUAACACAUCCACGUGUGCACCGGGUCCAACAGUAUAUGGUCAAUCCACUGAAGUUCAUCGGAUACAGAGAAAAGCGGCGUUAAAGGAUCAUAUGACGCACUUCACUUGACAGCGUGCGUGCACACUCCUGUGCUCUCAUCCAUCAGGUUCAGUCUCUGUUCCGGACUGAUCGCUGCACUUGUUUUAGGGCUGAGGACAAUAUUUGCAAAUUUGAUAAAAUUUUUUUGUCUUUUAUUUUCCUGGAAAAAAAAGAUAUCACGAUGCGACCUCAUCAAAGCUUUUUCAAGGCCUUGAACCUUGAAAAUCAUGGCCUGAUGUCGCACUGAUGCACUGGAAGGAGCCUCCAGAAUAAGAAGCGGGUUUAUUUCUAAGCUGCUUUCACACAGAGAAAGAAUAUUUGAAAUGAUGUUUCGGUUCCAAAACACAGAAUAACAACAGAAAUUAAAACGGAAUAGAUAAGUACAGAUAUUUAAAAGUCAAACGCCAUUUCAAAGUAGCUUUAUAAAAGACAUGAACCCUAACUAGAAUCAGAUGAAAACAAUAUAAUAAUUAGCAUUUAUAAUUAGAAUAUUAAAAAAACAUACACACCACAACAUUUGCUACACGGAGCUGCUCUUUGGUGUAGGACGGUCCAGGAUGAUGUGAGUGCAAAGUCUAAGUAUAAAUUAUUUCAUCCAAAGUUUUUGAAUCAACCCUUCAAAUGUUUAAAGUUAUUAAAAUUACUCAUUAUUAUCUAUUGUAAAGACACACUAAGAAAAAUCACUCUUAUUUUGGGUUGUAAGUGAGGAUGUUAGACUUGAAAUGGAUAUUUCCUUCUCUUGUGUCCUUAAACUUAGGUCCUCAUAAUAAAAUGUGUUUGUAGUUCACUUGAUUUUUUUUAUUUUUCAAGGUACUUUUUUCCAGGGAAAAGGUGGAAAUCCUAUGAAAGUCAAUGGGUAAGAGAAAACUGGCAUCACUUUAGGGUCAUUUAUUUGAUUUUUAUUUACUUAUUUUUCUUUUUGGUGACUGAGGAGCCUCCAAUCCCAGAUUUAGAUUUCAAAUCAGGUUCAACUCUUUUGGCCAAGUGUGUGUGCACGUAUACAAGGAUCUGACUCUGAUUAACUUCUCACCACUACACUGUUAUCUUACAAGGGUUUGUACGUACUAUUCUGAUGUGUAAUGUAGCCCUGUAUAUAUAGGUAUAAUGUUGAAAGUCUGUUUUAAUGAUAAUUUUAUGUUUAAUGUUUGUACAUAUAGACCAAAGGUUAAGUGAGUUCAAUCCUUGUUUGUGCGUUCACAUUUCGCGAAU